GUAAAUUUUUCAUUUAUGUCAGACACAACCAACCGAUUGCGUGAUUUGUUGAAGAAUAAAGUAUAAAGAGUAAUGAUGGAUUGUAUGGAGACACUGUUGCUGAUGGACCGAAAGAAAAACACCACCACAUAUAUUAUUAGUUAAUGUGAUAAUCAAAAUUAAAUUUAACGGACUUAAAAAAAAUAAUUAAAUAUAAAACUCAGCAGAAAAAAAAAACGGAUUUAUAAUUCAAGUUAAUAAAACGACAACGACGAAUUUUGGAAGCGAAACGAACAAAAAACGAAACUAAAUAAUAUUAAGAAUAAUUACAAGAAAGUCUUAUCAUUAUUCAGUUUUUAUUUAUAUUUAAUUGUCCUUAAAUGCAAGAAGCUUAAACAUGUUACUUGACACUGGAGAAGACGAUGAAAUCAAUAUUCUGGGGCAGGUUUCAGCUCCACUAGAACUCCUUGUUGAACCAGUCGGUCGCUUAUUUGAACAGUUCCAGAUACAGUUGCGUCAUAAAUAUUCUCAUGAACACUUUGAUGGCAAGGACCUAGAUCAGUCAGAGUCUGGUUCGAGUGAAGAUGAACUACCAGAUGAUGAAGAUGAAACUCUACUUUUCAGCCUUGAUCCUCGUGAAUGGAAGAAUCAAGAUCACUAUGCAGUCCUUGGACUCAAAAAGUUACGUAUAAAUGCCACAGCCAACCAUAUUAAAAAAGCAUAUAAAGCUAAAGUCUUGAAGCACCAUCCUGACAAACGAAGAAAAUUGGGCAAUAUUGUGAAAGAUGAUGACUAUUUUACCUGCAUAUCUAAAGCAUAUGAAAUAUUAGGAAAUCCUGUGAAGCGUCGAGCUUAUGACAGUGUAGAUGCUGAAUUUGACAAUGAUAUUCCUUCCCUUUCAACAACUUCCAAAGAGAAGUUUUUUGAGGUGUUUGAACCAGUUUUCGAAAGGAAUUCCAGGUGGUCUCUUAAGAAACCAGUCCCAAAAUUAGGAGACAAUUCAUCAAGUUUCAAAGAUGUAGAUCGGUUUUAUUCUUUUUGGUAUGACUUUGAAUCCUGGCGUGAAUAUUCCUAUUUAGAUGAAGAAGAGAAAGAAAAAGGCGAAAAUCGUGAAGAGAGAAGAUGGAUUGAAAAACAGAAUAAAGCUGCUCGUCAGAAGAGAAAGAAAGAAGAGAUGGCCAGAAUACGUCAGUUAGUUGAUAAUGCCUAUGCAUGUGAUCCUAGAGUACACAAAUUCAAAGAAGAAGAGAAAGAGAAGAAAUUAGCUCAGAAGCGUGCUCGCCAAGAAGCAGCUCGAGCUAAAGCCGAAGAAGAAGAACGGAUCAGGCAAGAAGCACUUGCGGAAGAAAGGAGAAAAAAAGAAGCUGAAGAAGAAGCUGCUAGGCAAGCUGCUGCUGCUGUGAAAAAAGAGAAAGAUGCUCUGCGGAAAGUAUUGAAGAAAGAGAAAAAAAUUCUUAGGAAUAUUGUUAAGGAGAAUGAUUAUUUUGCUUCUAAUGAAAGUGAAAAAGUUAAUCAUAUGGAAGAAGUUGAGAAACUUGCUGAACUUCUGAGUGUUACAAGAUUGCAAUCUCUGAAUGAAGCAUUAAAUACUGGAGACAAAGAAGUUGCCAAGAAGGCUUUUCUUGAAUAUGUAAAGGAAUUGAAGGAACAAAUGGAGGAAGAGAAAAAGAAGCAGUUAGAAGUACUUCAGAAACCGUCGUCCAAUGAGGUUUCCCAAGUCAGCAAGGACUGGACUGAACUUGAAAUGCAGUUUAUGGUGACUGGUGUGAAUUUAUUUCCGGCUGGUACCAGAGAUAGAUGGGAAGUCAUUGCGAAUUUCAUUAUCCAGCAUGUAGAAGGAAGUAGAAAAACAGCUAGAGAUGUUUUAAAGAAAGCUAAAGAAUUACAAAAGAAUGAUUUUUCCUUGAAAGAAGAGGCUCAGAAGAAAGCAUUUGAGGUUUUUGAAAAGCAUCAUACAAAAGGCUGUUCCAGUGCAGUUCCAGCCGAAGGUCGCAUUAGCCAACGCUAUGAAAGUGUAGUGGAGCAACAGAUGCGAGAACAAGGAACCAACCCAUCACCAUGGACAUCGGAUGAACAAAAGUUGUUGGAGCAAUCUCUGAAAACUUAUCCAGCUGAUGUUCCUGAACGGUGGGAGAAGAUAGCUGCUAAUAUUCCAUCUCGCAGCAAGAAAGACUGCAUUAAAAGAUACAAGGAAUUGGUUGAAAUGGUACGCGCCAAAAAAAUGGCACAGUCUGCCGCUGCCAAAGCAAAGAGAACAUGACAAUAAUGGCUGUUAAUGACCAAUAAACCUUGACUCUAGACUUUGAUGACUUUCCAAAUACAAACUUGUAUUCUAUUUUUGUAAUGUUAUAAAAUGAAAAUGAAAGCAGGUGUUCAGAAAUACA